GUCUUCGAUAACAUCCAUCAUGAUUUUCUCCUUUUGUAUCCACCGUAGAACAAGGACACUUUGCGAGGCGCUGAUGUGAUUCUUUUACGACUAUUCUACCCCGACAGAUACCCUUUUGUCAAGAACAAGAGCGGCUAAUCAUGAUUGUGGGUGAUAUAAAGGGAUACCAUGGCACGAGGCUAAAUUACCACGAUACGAAUACUACCAUACGCUCGCCCUCCUCUAUCACUCUUUCUCUAUCUGCUAGACAGCUAUAGCCAAUGCCUACAUACCUCACUCACGGCCAACGUCUGAUCAUAGACUCCUCAAACUACGUCCGAAGGGCUCAGGCUCCCUCAUAUCCGUCAGUAUAUUCCCCCUCCAGAAAGUCAUUCGACUGCCCUUCUACCUGUUCUCUCCCCACGCCUCGUUCGUACUCUCCGCCUGACUGGAGCUGUCUCCCAGAGAACGACCAGCACUGGCUCAAAGUCCGACUACGGAAUAGUCUCCAAGCUGGCGACCUCUCCAACAUGCCCUCCUGGUUCCCGCUCCUCCGCCUCGUGCCUUCCUCAUGUCCUUCCUCGCCAACAUCCUAUCAACCAUACGAAUUCCGUCAGGAGUUUCCUACCACUAGCGGGGGCUGUGCCGUGACUUUCUCGUUCUCCGCAGUCAAAGAGCAACUUUUCACAUGGCGGAUAUCCCUGCCAUCGAAUCGGCGGCAGACGGGUGUGUUAUCCCCUUUCGUUAAUUUUUUUGAUAUUGAAUACGUGUCAGAGAACCUGCCUAUGACUUUGGCACAGGUGCAGGUCCACACAUCUGUAAUGAACACGCCGUAUUGGAGGUUCAUGGAAAAAGAUCCUUCGGUUAUCUUGCGCGCUCUGUCCACGUCUCUCGAACUGGGGGUUUUGAUCACGAUUGCACCUAUGCAGCUACGCUCUCAGGAGAUCUUAUAUGUGGCUACGAGUAUGGAUGGAAAGCAGGAGGUUCUAUACUCGGCGCAAUGCCAAUGAUGAUCAUUCAGUGUCACUGACUUUCUAUUUUCCAUCCAAAAACGUUGUUCCUGCCCGGCGGCCUUGACAUUCGCAUUUAUGG